GGCAUGCAUUGGCAUAUGCAUGGGAUGGGGUGCAGAGCCGACUAUGAGUGAAAACAGAAAAAUGGCUGGCGGUGACUCAACUGACUCUGGGUUAAAUAUCGGGGAAUGAAAUGAUGGAUGGAUCUUUUGAAGCAAGAGAGUGAUAAAUACUGAAGAGUAUUUGUGUAUAUGGGUACAAAGUGUUGAGCUGGAAGGAAUAGAUACAGACAGAGGAAGAAGAAAGAAGAAGAAUAAUAUUUUGAGACAGAAACAUACCAGAGAUCAUAUAUGACGUCUAUUAGCAAACGGUUAAUGGGAUGCUUGCACAUCCUAUUGGAAAGCUUCCAUCCAUUGCACUUUGUCUCUGGAAUGGGGAUUGGGAUAUCAGCGGGCAUCAUGUACAACUUCCCGAUCGAAUGCAUCCGGAGAGGGUUCCGAUACAUUGGGAUCAUCUACUUCUUCAUCAACUUGGUGGUCAUAGUGCUCAGCCACGUGCUCUUUGCAUUGAAAUACCUGCUUUUUCCCUACGUGUUCCCCUACGACGAGCGGUAUGCUGUGACAGUUAUCGACUUGAUGCACGUGCCCAGCUUGGCAGUGUUCAUGGGCGCGUCGCAAAUGUCGUUUGUGACGAUGGUGAACAUGCUACACUACCUGAAGCCCAACUGGUCCGUCGCCGUGUUAACGCUCUGGUGGAUUGUUUUUGCGCAGACGUUGUCGUGCGCCUUCUUUGUGAUGUUUUUCAUCAUCUCUCAUGCGACGAAUCCGGUUGGCAAGUCGAGGUUCGAACGGCGACUGCACGACUUGGAGAGGCAGGCCAGCAGUGAAAAGGACAAGGACAUGGAAAUGAUAUCGAUAGCGAUUGCCAGGACGCUGACGCCGAAAACGACGCCGAAAACGACGCCGAAAACGACGACGCCGAAAACGGCCUCGAAAACGGCCUCGAAGCUCUACGAGGUAUCUCCCACGUUGCUCUUGCCGCUAGUCACAUGCUCGGUGACUGCUGCUAGUGGUGGGUUGAUAACCUCGUCCUUGGAACACCCGCACUUGAUUCUUGCGAUGGUCAUUGUGACAACGAUGUUGGUUGCGGUGGCACUCUUUUCGUCGCUGUUGGUGCUUGCCGUCGUGUUCACCCGUCUGUUUGCGUACGGACUCCCAAGAAACAGCGCUGCGUUCACAAUGUUUGUCCCCAUCGGCGUCAUGGGCCAGGGGAGUCUUGCGGCGCUGUUGAUCUCGAAGCAGCUCGUGCGAGCAAUCCAGAAAGCCGGCUUCGCCAUCGUGGGCAUGUCCGACGCCGGUGAGGCGCCUGGCUCGCCGAUGCACCAGGUUACGGAGAACCUCAUCCUAUUGGCUGGGGUGUUCAUUGCGCUGAGCCUUACGGCGUUCGGGGUACUCCUGACCGGGUGGGCGGCCCUCAGUGUUGCGUACUGGUACGUGGGGUUCCCGCGGAUCGACCGGUUUCUCGCGGUGGACCUCCGACAGGACCGAGUCUUGAGGACCGAAAGGACCAAGGCUGAGAGGGGCGCCGAAGGGACCGCCAGGAGACGCUGGGUGCGCCCAUACUACGUGAUGUGGACGCCGACGAUGUGGGCUGCGACGUUCCCGUUGGGCACCAUUGCGUUUGCCAUGCGGGAACUGCACGAGGUCACCGGCGUCACCGGCUUCCAGAUCGUGAGCACGAUCUAUGCCUUUGCCGUCAUUCUUGUGACGACGUGGUGCAUGGUAUGCACCGGUGUGUACAUUGUUCCGUGGAAGCGGCUAUAUAGGAGUCUCUCAGUGAGCUCGGCGAGCUGAGACGAGUGUACGAGCGAAUGAAUGUCGUAGAA